GCUUCUUAGUCUUUCUCAACUCUUCUUGUCAUCUUGUAUCUCUGUCUUGUUUCUCCUGUCACACUCGUUUGUCAUGCGCUUCUCCCUCCCCCUCAUCGCCUCGCUCGUCCUUUCCCCCGUUCUUGCGCGGCGAUACACUACGACUGUCGGCGGCGAGGUCGUCCUCGCCACGGUGUGGACCACCGCCGGUGUCGUCACAACCAGCAUCUACCAAACCGUUGACGCCGCCGAGACCGUCAACCCCGCGACGCAGACCGCCUUCACCCCGUCCGGUACGAUCUCCAUCGACACCACCGACACAUACUACGCGCCCAAGCCGACGCGCAUCGCCACGCUCGGCUCGUAUGCGCCGCCCGCGAACUCGAACCGCGCGAAUAUCACCGUGACGCGCGCAACCGUCCAAGUCCCCUCCGGGACGCGGAUGGACCUCGGGGCGUUCCAAGCCUCGCUCGCCACACAGACACCGCAGUCAGGCGGAGCGCUCUCGCCAGCGCCGGCGGCAGGCCUCGCGCUGGCCGGCGCGGCAGUGUAUGCCCUCGUCUAACUUACACCAUGACACUCCCUAGACUCUAGACUGUAUCAGCCCCGGCGGCUAACUAUGCAUGUAUCUCCCAUACCCGUU